CAGAACGACUCAAGCUUUCCCUUGCCGUGUCCGCCAAGCUUGAUAUGUCCCAAAUCAAAGUCUAACUCACCUAUCCACAGUCGAUUCUCGCCGGUACCUCAUGACCCUUGAUAUUGUCGCUAUUGUACGAUGUGUUCCCUAUGACGCUUGCUAUAAGGGUUAUGAAUAUGAUGUCUUCUUGGGCCUCAGUGUUUGCACGCUUUCGAUUUCCGCUAUCAAAUCUGCAGUCCGUGAAUCCUCUUACGAUAGAACCAACAAGUAAGACGGCAAUAGGCACCCAGUCCACACAUCCUUUAGCACCCGUCAGCACAGCCCAGAGUGUUCCACAAAACGGCAUUGAUGGUGGUCAGAGCCUACCGGCUGAAGGACAAACGCCGAGUUUGCAAGUCCCGAACCGGAAAAGGGUGUGAUGGCUUGCAGGAUGGCUUGCGACAUCCAUCAUGUGGCGGCUGCUCUGUUGCUUCAGGAAGAAAAGGCCUGCUGGGAAGGCUCGGGGCCAAGAGGUAGAUCGCGACUCAUCUAGUGACAGCAUUCGGCAGGUAGUGCAGAGAGUGCUCCGCUCUCUUGAGACAAACGAUGAUGAAGAGGAAAAGCAGAAGCAGGUGGAGGAAGCAAUAGGAUCGCAGCCUAGGGCUAUAUUCAGCGUCGUCAAAGAAGAGGCGAGCACAACGUCCCCAUCAGCAAAGAAGCCAGCCCUGGCUGGCUCCGUGUCGAGCGAAGACGGAGACUGGGUCAAUAGCAUCGGCGAACAGGGAUGCACACCCCUGAAAAAGGUCAAACCCCAGUCCCUCCAGGACGUUGUCGAUGUCGUCAACGAAGCGCGUCAACUCGGACAGCGAGUUCGCGCGGUUGGCUCCGGACACAGCUUCUCGGACGUUGCGACUACGGAUGACGCUGUUCUUGUAAACCCAAUUCUUCUCAACGACGUUCGGGCUGUCGAUGCCCAACUUCUUCGAGAUGGGGCUGUGAAGGAAGAAGGAAACACGCUCCUUUAUGUCCAAGCAGGCAUCACUGUCAAGAACCUCAAGGUUGAACUCGACAAUCGCGGGCUUGCCCUCAUCAACAUGGGUGGUUACGACGGCCAGACCAUCUCCGGGACCCUUUCAACCGGAACCCAUGGCUCAGGAAUAACGUUCGGGCCCCUUGCCAGCUUCGCCCACGCAAUCAUCCUCGUAUCCGAGUCCGGCACGGUCUACCAGAUCGAGCCCGGAGCAGGCAUCACCGACCCCUCCAAGUUCACCGGCGGCCUGGAUACUGUCCCUAUCACCCUUAUUCAGUCCGAUGCCUGGUAUCGUACUGCCCACACUUCCCUGGGCUGUCUGGGCGUUAUCUUCGCGUAUAUCCUCGAGGUUACACCGGCGUACUCAAUCCGAGAACAGCGCGCAUCGACGACAUGGUCGGACAUCAAGAAAUCGCUUUCCCCAGCCGCUUGGUCAACCGCUCCACCAACUCUGGUCUCCAAGCCAGACCACUUUGAGCUGAUCCUCAACCCGUAUAAACGAUGGUUCCGCCACGCGUGCGUGACCGUCUCGCGGACGCGGCUGCCGGGGACACAUCAUCCGCAGGUUGGGCAGCGGCAGGACUGGUUGUCGAACUUGCUGCAGCAGAUCGCGGUUGAGCGGACGCCGGAUCUUGUGGCCAUCUUGCGCAAAUUUCCGUUCCUCUCUCCUCUGGCCAUUGACCAGGCUAUCAUGACGGUGGCGGGACAUGACGGCGACGGUGACGGCCGCGCAGAUAUCUACGUCGACAAGAGCUUCAACGUCUUCACGCUGGGAACGGCCAACGAGAUCAAAGCGGUUGCCAUGGAGCUGCAUUGUGAGGCAUCGCGCUGCGUACCGACGAUCGAUGCCCUCCUUGAGGUGUUUGAGGGCUUGGCGGAAAGGGAACGUUGGUACAUGGCCGGCCCGCUGGGCAUCAGGUUCGUCGCGGCCAGUGAGGGUUAUCUGGCGCCUCAGGCAGGGAGGAUGACGUGUACGAUCGAGUUGGCAAUGCUGGUGGGUUUGGAUACGGGGAAGGAGUUAGCCAAGAGGGUGAAGGAGACGGUUUGUACGAGGGAUGAGACCUCUGUGAGGGUCCAUUGGGGACUUGACUUGGACUUUGUAACCAAGGAAGACGUCAGGGCGUGGUAUCCGGAUUUCGAUCGAUGGUUGGAGGUCUAUAAGGGCCUAAACACCACGGGUAUGUUCAAUAAUCGGUUCACCGACAGACUCGGGAUCAGUAUGUGAAGGGAGGAGUUUGGUUGGAUACCCUACAUCGUGCGCAGGAAACGGUCGCUCUUUACUUUCAGGUAUCUAAGGACUUACUCAACCUUGCCUACAGGUAGUAGUCGCAGUGCUUCGCUCUUGCUUUUAGGCUAUGUCAUGGGGGUGGGCCAGUCUCCGUUCCUUUCUCAUCAUGAGUGAUCCUCAGACGCAAUUUGUGGUUCAGAUCGAGCCAGGGGAGGAAAUGGGUAUUACGGCCCAAAAGUAACACAUGAG